CGACGACCACAACAUCCUUUUUCCUCGACGACCUCGACGACCUCGACGACGCCCAGUAUGUCUUUACUAGCCCGCAUAUCAGACCUAGUCCACAAGAUCGCGCCUCCAAAAUCGAACAAGGGAUCGACUACAUUAGCAGGGAUAGGGAACGGCCAUGGAAUGGUUCCCUUUGACGACAAUAUGAUCGUAUCGAAACCUGUCAUCGUCGCCCACUCGACACAGAUAUUCUUCAAUUUCUUGGCCAUGGCAUGCUUCGCGAGCGUGGCUGCUUUCCAGGCUAAAUGGGAAGUCGGUCCUUCUGGUCUGUCUGGGUUCGCUAUAUUCGUUUCCAUCGCUGGGAUGCUCCUAUCCGCGUUCAUGCUCUUCGUACCCGUUGCAUACGAAAAGUACGACAAGUUUGUUCAACUUGCCAGGUUGUUGAAGGAAGUGCGAGUGAGCUUCAUUCUGACCGGGACGGGUACUGCGCUUAACCUCUUGAUUGCUUUUAUCACGAUUAUUUCGGCCUUCACGCAAGCAGGAUGCAAAGAUCCUGAAAAAGACCCCAAUGCAGAGGAGAAGGGCGACGAUUUCAAGGACGGAUUGCCUGGAUGGUGUAAUACCAAGAAAGCGGGUUCUUUCUUCUUCCUGUUUGCUUUCUUUGCAUGGACCGCUUCCCUCGUACUCCUGAUUAUGGAAUGGCGUUCCGGCAAACUAACUCCUCACCGCGACCCGCCCUUCACCCGACCGACAAUGCAACAAGCCUCAGAAGAUCUUGACGAAGAAGACGAAGCAGGCUUCACGCACAUUCAAGCACCCGUUCGGAACGACGGCUCGCGAUAUAAUGAGGACCACUCUUCCCCUACUACAGGCGCUUCCCCUAACCCCUUCAACGAUCCCCAUCGCUAUGCCAGCCCAUCGCAUCAGAGUAGCAUCCCUGCUGCCGGCCGACCAAGUAUGGAUGCCUAUGGCGCAUUCUCUGAUCCUGCUCCUACUGGGUUUGGGAACACGUCGUAUGGUGGAGGCGGGGCCGCAGUUCCAGGAAGCUAUGCGUCUGACACAGGUUAUGGAGGAGGCCCUGGGUAUGUUUCUCCCCCUCGGGUGUCGACGAGCGCUGCCCCUCCCGUGCUACCCGAGCCUGAUAUGGGGCCGCGGGUUAGCCGGACCAUGCAGUAUGCGGAUCCCUACGCUGCCGUGAGAGCUUCGAUUGCUGGUGCCCAGGGAGGAGCGGCUGCGCCUCCUACUGCCCCACCCAGCUACGAGAACUAUGGCGGAUAUAGAUGA